CAUUGGAAGAAUUAUUAGAGAGAGAGAGAGAGAAGGAAGUGGGUGUGGGUCGCCGUUGUGGAGUGUGGAUAGAGCGCGCCUUCUCUGACCAAUAAACGCAACGCGCACAUUGGACGGACCGCUUCCCCUUUCCUUUUACUUUUAUUACCUCUCUCUCUCUCUCUCUCUCUCUAGCGGGUCAGGUCAACAAACAUCGACUUCUCUCUCUCUCUCUCGCUCUUAAGUUCCAACGACGAAAACAAAACCCUCACUCCCUCCUCCCUCCUCUUCUGUUUUGUUGGAGGUUGGAAGGCGAGUGGUGGUAGCCAUGGCAGCUGCUGUAGCCUUCGCCACCGCUUUUCCGGCUAAAACUAAAACCACUCGCACCUCCUCCUCCUCCUCCAACACACGUGGUAGCAAUUGUAAUAAUUGUAGCAGGGCCAGGGCCAUGGCCAAGCCGCCUUCUUCUCCAUGGAUGAUGAUGGUGCCCUUCUUCUCACCCAAGACCUCCAAACCCCUCUGCUCCGCCCCAAUUAGAUGCCAAUUGAUUCAUGAUGAUCACAUUAUAGAACAAUCCUCCUCCUCCUCCUCCUCAAUGGCCUCCAGCCUCUCCGCGCUUGAACAGCUCAAGACCUCAGCAGCUGACCGAUACACAAAAGAAAGGAGCAGCAUUGUAGUUAUAGGACUGAGUGUUCAUACGGCACCUGUAGAAAUGCGUGAAAAGCUUGCCAUUCCUGAAGCGGAGUGGCCCCGUGCGAUUGGAGAGCUCUGUGGCCUGAAUCACAUAGAGGAAGCUGCCGUCCUUAGUACAUGUAACAGAAUGGAAAUUUAUGUAGUUGCUCUAUCUUGGCAUCGAGGGAUUCGUGAAGUAACCGAAUGGAUGUCCAAAACAAGUGGAAUUCCUGUCUUGGAGCUCCGUCAGCACUUGUUCUUGCUGCGGGACACCGAUGCUACGCAGCAUCUAUUCCAAGUAUCUGCAGGGCUCGACUCUCUUGUUCUUGGGGAGGGGCAGAUUCUUGCACAAGUCAAACAGGUCGUUAAGGUGGGGCAAGGGGUCGUUGGCUUUGGAAGAAACAUCAGCGGGCUUUUUAAGCAGGCAAUAUCCGCAGGGAAGCGUGUUCGCACUGAGACAAACAUUUCGGCAGGUGCAGUUUCAGUUAGUUCUGCUGCUGUUGAACUGGCCCUUAUGAAGCUUCCGAAAUCAGACUCCCCUUGUGCGGAAAUGUUGGUGAUUGGGGCAGGGAAGAUGGGGAAGCUUGUGAUCAAGCAUCUGGUUGCUAAGGGAUGCAAUAAAAUCGUGGUUGUAAACAGAUCAGAGGAGAGGGUAUCAAGCAUUCGUGAUGAGCUAAAAGACGUGGAGAUAAUCUACAAGCCUCUUGAAGAUAUGCUCUCUUGUGCUGCUAAUGCAGAUGUCAUAUUUACCAGUACCUCAUCUGAAACACUCUUAUUUGUCAAAGAAAAUGUCAAGAAUCUCCCCCCAGUGAGCUCAGAAGUUGGAGGGCUGAGGCUCUUCAUCGAUAUAUCGGUCCCUAGGAAUGUUGGAGCAUGUGUUUCAGAACUUGAGACUGCUAGUGUUUAUAAUGUUGAUGAUCUCAAAGAAGUGGUGGAAGCCAACAAGGAAGAUCGGCACCGGAAAGCAAUGGAGGCCCAAGCCAUCAUUACUGAAGAACUGAAGCAAUUUGAAGCCUGGAGGGAUUCCUUAGAGACAGUCCCCACCAUCAAGAAGUUGCGGGCUUAUGCGGAAAGGAUCCGACUCUCGGAGUUGGAGAAAUGCAUGGCAAAGUUCGGGGAUGACCUAAGUAAGAAAGAGAGGAGGGCAAUUGAUGAUCUCAGCAGGGGCAUUGUGAACAAGCUUCUGCAUGGUCCCAUGCAGCACUUGAGAUGCGACGGCAGUGACAGCCGAACUCUUAGUGAAACUCUUGAAAAUAUGCAUGCCCUCGAGAGGAUGUUUAGCUUGGAAUUGGAGACAUCUGUGUUGGAACAGAAGAUAAGAGCCAAGGUGGAGCAAACUCAAAAAUGAUCCGGUGAUCCCUUCACUACAGCGUCCGAUUAAUCUUCAUCAUAUUUCCUUCAUUUUUUGAUGUUUGGUACUGAAGUACUCAUACUCUUACUUUCUCUGAUCCUAGGCAUCCUCAUGUUGGAAUAAGGGGCCCUUUGAAUUCAAGAUUAGUAAAUAUUAUUUGAGGAUCCUUUAGGGUGAGACUUUGAUUAGAAGAAUUAAUGAUUGUUGUUCCUUGGUGAGUUCCAUCUCCUUGUAUGAUUUUAUUAUUGUAUGAGCCUGCAAACCCAGCAGGAGUCACAUGCGAGAGUCAGCUGUGUAUCACUUGAGGUUAUGGUAUGCUUCAGUGUCAGGCCAUUGCUUGUGGAGUAGAAGUUUCGCCUCAUUCUUGUAAGCACUUCAUCUGAAUUUAGUCAAAUUGGUUUAAUAUUUGUAAAGUGGUUUUCUGGAUAUAAUUAUUUUUCUUUUC